CACCUAAGCGGGUCAGGGCGAUAUCCAUUGGUCAUUAUGAUGUACCCAAAAAUGAACAGUGUUUUUGGGAGGCGAAAGGAAAACGAUCUGCGCAUGAUGCUGAAUGCUCCGAAGAAAAAUUCAACAAAUACACAGAGCAAAGAUGUAACUGUUGUUAGCCCUGAUAAACAAGCGCAAAUGACAACCCCUAAACGAAAAUCACCUACUCAGGGAUCAGUUUCUCGAAAGGCGAGAAGAAGAGGAUCCGCAAAUAGUACUCCAAAGAUAAAUUCAACAAAUACACAGACGGAAGAUGUAGCUGUUGUUAUGCCUGAUUUGCGGUUAGAGGCAAGGUUGACAGCCCAGGAAAAUUCACGGAUGCUUGCAGGAAAAAAACUUCAUCCCUUUUUUUCAUCUUGGAAGGAAGACAAGAAAAAUCGAGGGGUAAUUGAUGCAGAGGGUAAAAAGUUAGCAGUUGGUAGGCAAAAUAAAGAGAAGACUUGUGCCCCAAUUCAUGUAUUUGAAAGAAGCCAGGACACUGACAUGCCCCUUGACUGGGGCACCUGGAAAUUUUCUGAGGAGAUCUUUAGGAGAAAUAUUUGUGACCUAGAAAGCACAUGCCAAUCUAUUGUUGAAGGCUCCAUUGAGUGCUUAAGUUUUCAAAAGUUUCCCCUCAUUUUACACCCCGACAAUGCAUCAAGUUUUCAGGAUAAUGUUUUUUCAGAAUGUGUUAUUCAAGAAGAUUGUAUUUAUGAAACAUUUCCAACUGAUGAUGAAACAGAGGAUAGUGAGAUAAAUAAAGUUGAUUCCUUUGAUGGACCUACGAGUGUGGUAAGAAAGCCAAACACUAGGAAGGGAAGUAGAUCGCUUGAGGACAGUUCAAAUGAUCAGGCAUGUGGAAGAUUUCCGGAGGACAGCUCAAAUAGUCAGGCAUGUGGUUUGCUCCCACAAGGUUUGAGAAUGAAGUCAUACUAUUUUGGUUGUGGUAAUCAACCAAGGAAUAGCUUAUGGACUUACAGUUACAAGCCAAAAACUGCCAUGGAGGUCUGUGGUAAUGGUGAAUCUGUGAAGUUUUUGAGUGGGUGGCUACAACAAUGGCGUGGAAGAAAGUUUCAAAUAUGCAAGGAUCUUAUUGAUUGCGAUACAAGUGAUAGGGAAAAAGAUGAUUAUAUCUAUUCUGAAAGUGACUCUGAUUCAGGAAGCCAAUAUGAGGAGGAUAGGCUGAAAAACGUCCUCUUAGUUACAGGACCAGUUGGGAGUGGAAAAUCUGCUGCUAUUUAUGCUUGUGCACAAGAGCAAGGAUUUGAGGUUUUGGAGGUCAAUGCAUCCGAAUGUCGAAAUGGAGCUCUUGUGAGGCAGAAGUUUGGUGAGGCUCUUCAAUCGCGCCGAGUUAUAAGGUCACUAAAAAAUGCUGCUGAUUCUUCAAAUAAGCAUGUUCUGAAAUCCUCUGCAGCUCUGGCCAAUGGUUUUGCAAGUCAAGAAUAUGAUGUUGGCAUUGCUGAAGUGAUAGCAUUAUCAGAUGAAGAUUGUCAUAAUGAAACUGGAGUAUCUGGAAUUUUUUAUCACGAGGAGGCUGAAAGUUGCUCUGAUAAGAGUGAAGUUAAACCUUUAAUUCUUUUUGAGGAUGUGGAUAUCACUUUUUCUGAAGAUCGAGGUUUUAUUGCUGCAGUGCAACAGAUUGCUGAUACUGCCAAAGGACCCAUAAUAUUGACUAGCAAUAGUCACAAACCUCUCCUGCCAGAUAAUUUAAACAGAUUAGAGAUCUGUUUUACACCACCAUCACCAGAGAUGCUGCUUUGCCAUGCAUAUAGCGUUUGUGCUGCGGAGAGAGCCAACGUCCAACCUCAUGUCAUAGAGCAAGUAGUUGAUUUUUGUCAAGGAGAUAUACGUAAAAUGAUUAUGCAUCUGCAGUUCUGGUGCCAGGGUAAUAGCUCUAAGAAAGGUAAGAAAAAUCGAAGGGCAUAUAGAUCACUGCUAUUUAACCUGGAGGCUGGCCAUCAGAUACUUCCAAAAUUAAUACCCUGGGACUUGUGCUCUGAGUUAUCAGAGCUAGUUGAGAAAGAGAUUGCCGGGUCAUUUUCCAUGGAAGAAAAUUCUAAAUUAAUGUAUAUAAUUGAGGACAAGCAGGGAAUACCAUUCAGUUUUGUGAAUAAUAAUAUUGAAACAGAAACUAUAGAGGCAAAGAAGGAAGCAAUGUUUAACCGCAAUUGCUCCUAUGGUGAGUUUAGAGCUCAGCUUGAUACUCAUGAGAUUUCUGAUAGUUUAGACACCCCAUUUUCAUGUGUGCGGCAGAAUGUUCGAAAAAAGCAUGACAUAGUGUCUUCUGAUUCUGAAGAUGAAUUAGUGGAUAAUAGAUGUCCUGUGUUUUUGGAUGAAGACACUUGCAAUGAACCACUAUUUGGAAGGAGCCCAUUGUUUAAGGAGCAACCUGGUCCAAUUGCAGCAGAUAUAGAUGAAAGACUUAAUCGCCAUGCAGACUCUGCUGGCUGUAUCCCCUUAAAUGAUGAAUGCAAGUCAGUUGAUGUGUCAUGCGUGCCAGAGUCAUCAUUUGUUCCAGAAACUGAAAUUAAGGAUGACAGUGAGCAAGAUGUUACAGUAUCCUGUGGUUUUGUUGGGGAUACGUUGGAAGUUUCAAUGAGCAACAGGUUACCAGUUGAAGAUGAACAUGUUGAUAUAACAAAACCAGAAAUAAAAAGAGAAUCAGAUACCUUGUUAAGUAAUCACAAUGUAAUUGCCAAACUUUUCCAACAAGAGGAGGUGGAAGAUUCUCAAAAUGAGCAUGCAGAGGCUGCUGCAAUAGGGUAUCAGAACAAUCAUAUUUUGGAUGAGUGUAGCCAAGUGGACUGUGGCAGAACUUUAAAAUGUGUAGAGAAGCCUAAAUCCUUGUUGGUGCCUGAUUUAGUACAACAUUCAUGGAACGAACUUCGUAGGCGCCAUGCAGAUUUAUCACAGUAUGUGAGCUCAGAAGAGCAACAUGCUCUCCAAGUUGUACAGCUCACUCAUAAAAUGACUAAUCUAAUCUCAGACACAGAUGUUUUGCUACCCGACCAUCAACCACUAACAAGUGAUUCUUUGGAACCAUCACUGAUAACAUCUGAGGAGUCAGAUGCAUACAGAUUUUUUAAUAAAAGUCGGUUCGCUUCCUCAACUGCACAGCAUGGAUUUUGCUUGUUUGCAAAAGACAUUGCUGCUGUUGGAUCAAGGAUGGGUUCUGUCUGCACUGUUGAUUUCUCCUCCAUGUUGGGUUGUGCAACUGGUCCGCUGGCUUUGGCUACACUAGCUGAACAGGGUACGUCAUCAAGAAGAACUACAUGGACUGGAAGAAAUUCAGAAUUGAACCUCCCAGAUACUGAUGUUUCUUUUGAAAGUGAAAACAAAUCACGUCUUGUUGAUGUAGUUCAAUCCAUUGUUCCUUCGAAAUCUCUAAUGACACUGAAAGGUGCAGCAUGUUAUGAGUAUCUUUCUUCACUGCGUUGCAUUUCGAAAUCAGAAGCUUCUCGUUUAUCAAAAGACACCGUGAAACCAAGGAAACGCAGGAGGUGGGUUGAUCGACACUACUUGAGUACUGGUAAGCUGAUGUUGAGUCCUGAAAAAAUAUCGGCACUUGGUCAAAUUAACAUGCCUAAAGAAAAUUCUUCUCAAUGCUCGGAUGUUGUUUAGAAUUUUGAUUUCAAAGCAAGGAAAACUAACAAAGCCACUGCGGUAACUCUGCCUCAGUGAUUGGCUCUGCACAGGGGGGGCAGAGAAUUGCUUAUUUAAUUUAAAUUGAUUACUUAGUGAUUUGGUCUGUGUCACUGGCCGAUUAAAGGUUCCUUAGAUAGGACAAUAAGAGGCUAUGAAUGUGAUUAGCAAGUUGAGAUAUGGUUAGUUUAGCAAGUUGAGAUAUGGUUAGUUCCCAUUUCUCCCAAGUGUACACUUUAUAGUGCUUUUAGUUUUAGCGAAAGUGAUUAUUUGUACUACUAACUAGUAGUCGUAAAUGCGAGCGUAGAUAACAAUUAACAAUAAAAAUUAUAUAACAUAGGUGGUUUUUUCUGGCA